AUGGGGCCAAAGAGGAAAGCGAACGAUGGUGUAGAUGACUUUUUUGAACGGACCAUUCUAUGCAACAGCCUUGUGUGGAGUUGCGCUGUGACGGGUAGACCUGGACUGACAUACCAGGAAGCACUUGAGUCAGAAAAAAAAGCAAGACAGAAUCUUCAGAGUUUUCCAGAACCACUAAUUAUCCCCGUUUUAUACUUGACGAACCUUACCCAUCGCUCACGCUUGCAUGAAAUUUGUGAUGAUAUCUUUGCAUAUGUGAAGGACCGAUACUUUGUUGAAGAAACUGUGGAAGUCAUUAGGAACAAUGGUGCAAGGUUGCAAUGUAGAAUUUUGGAAGUCCUCCCUCCAUCACAUCAAAAUGGCUUUGCUAAUGGACAUGUUAGCACAGAUGGAGAAACCAUUAUCAUCAGUGAUAGUGAUGAUUCAGAAACACAGAAUAGUUCUUUUCAAAAUAGAAAGAAAAAAGAUGCAGUUGAUCCCUUAUUGUUCAAAUACAAAGUGCAACCCACUAAAAAGGAAUUAUAUGAAUCUGCAAUUGUUAAAGCAACACAAAUCAGUCGGAGAAAACACCUGUUUUCUCAUGAAAAAUUAAAGCUUUUUCUGAAGCAACACUGUGAAACACAAGAUGGAAUUAUUAAAAUUAAGGCAUCAUCUCUUUCAACAUACAAAAUAGCAGAACAAGAUUUUUCUUAUUUCUUCCCUGAUGAUCCACCUACAUUUAUCUUCAGUCCUGCUAACAGACGAAGAGGGAGACUUCCCAAACGAGUAUCUGUUAGUCAGGAAGACAGCAUUGCUAGUAAACAGACUAUUGCAAGUUAUAGGAAUAAAGCUACUAAAGAAAGAGAUAAACUUUUGAAGCAAGAAGAAAUGAAGACAUUGGCUUUUGAAAAGGCUAAAUUAAAAAGAGAAAAAGCAAAUGCCUUGGAAGCCAAGAAAAAAGAAAAGGAAGAUAAAGAAAAAAAGAGGGAAGAACUGAAGAAAAUCAUUGAAGAAGAGAGACUAAAGAAAAAAGAAGAAAAGGAGAGGCUUAAAAUAGAAAGAGAAAAGGAAAGAGAGAAAUUACGUGAAGAAAAGCGAAAAUAUAUGGAAUAUUUAAAACAGUGGAAUAAGCCCAGAGAAGAUAUGGAAUGUGAUGAUCUCAAGGAACUUCCAGAACCAACUCCAGUGAAAACUAGACUACCUCCUGAAAUCUUUGGUGAUGCUCUGAUGGUUUUGGAGUUCCUCAAUGCAUUCGGGGAACUUUUUGAUCUUCAAGAUGAGUUUCCUGAGGGCGUAACCUUAGGCAAGUAUUCUACUUAUGAAGAUUUAACAGAGGCUUUGGAUGAAGAUGCAGACCCCACAAAAUCUGCACUGUCUGCAGUUGCAUCUUUGGCAGCUGCAUGGCCGCAGUUGCACCAGGGCUGCAGUUUGAAAAGCUUGGAUCUUGAUAGCUGCACUCUUUCUGAAAUUCUCAGACUGCACAUCUUAGCUUCCGGCGCUGAUGUAACGUCAGCAAAUGCUAAGUACAGAUAUCAGAAACGAGGAGGAUUUGAUGCUACGGAUGAUGCCUGUGUGGAGCUUCGCUUGAGCAGUCCCAGUCUACUGAAGAGACUGUCAAGCACCUCAGUGUAUGACUUGACGCCAGGAGAAAAAAUGAAGAUACUUCAUGCUCUCUGUGGGAAGCUGCUGACCCUAGUUUCUACUAGAGAUUUCAUUGAAGAUUAUGUUGACAUAUUGCGACAGGCGAAGCAGGAAUUCCGGGAGUUAAAAGCAGAACAACAUCGAAAAGAGAGGGAAGAAGCAGCUGCGAGAAUUCGUAAAAGGAAGGAAGAAAAACUUAAAGAACAAGAACAAAAGAUGAAAGAAAAACAAGAAAAAUUAAAGGAGGAUGAACAAAGAAAUUUAACUGCUGAUAUAUCUAUAGGUGAGGAAGAAAGGGAAGAAUUUGAUACUAGCACUGAGAGCAAAGAAAUAGAAAGAAAGGAACUUGAUCAAGAUAUGGUCACCGAAGACGAAGAUGACGUAGGAUCACAGAAGAAAAGCAGAAGAGGCAAAAGAGGACAAAAUGCAUUUAAAGAAUUGACAAGGGAAGUAGAGAUCAACUGUGUAAUGCAAGAGCCUCUUACUGCUGAUGAGGAAGAAGCUUUCAAGCAGGAACAGCAACGAAGAGAAAAGGAGCUCUUAGAAAAGAUCCAAAGUGCCAUAGCGUGUACCAAUAUCUUUCCCUUGGGCCGUGACCGCAUGUAUAGGCGUUACUGGAUUUUCCCUUCUAUUCCUGGAUUGUUUAUUGAAGAGGAUUAUUCUGGUCUCACUGAAGACAUGCUGUUGCCUAGACAUUCAUCAUUUCAGAAUAAUGUACAGUCUCAAGAUCCUCAGGUAUCUACUAAAACUGGAGUGUCAUUGAUGUCGGAAUCUACCUCCAACGAGGACCAAGGUCCCUGUGACAGUUCUGCACAGCUGCCAAAGCCAGUGCGUAAGCCAAAUCGGUGGUGCUUUUACAGUUCUUGUGAACAGCUAGACCAGCUUAUCGAAGCUCUUAAUUCUAGAGGAUACAGAGAAAGUGCCUUAAAAGAAACCUUGCUGCAAGAGAAAAGCAGAAUAUGUGCACAGCUAGCCCAUUUUUCUCAAGAAAAAUUUCAUUUUUCAGAUAAACCUCAAACUGAUAGCAAACCUAUAUGUACUCGGGGAAGAAACCCCAGUGCAUAUGACCCAUCUCAGAUGUCAGCAGAAAGGCAGCUUGAACUGAGACUGAGAGAUUUCCUUUUGGACAUUGAAGACAGAAUCUAUCAAGGAACACUGGGAGCAAUCAAGGUUACAGACCGCCACAUGUGGAGAUCAGCCUUAGAAAGUGGGCGAUAUGAGCUGUUAAGUGAAGAAAACAAGGAAAAUGGAAUAAUUAAAACUGUGAAUGAAGAUAUAGAAGAGAUGGAAAUUGAUGAACAAUCAAGGAUCUUUGUGAAAGACAGACUUUUGGGGAUUAAAACAGAAACUCCAAGCUCUGUCUCAACUAAUGCAAGUACACCGCAGUCGGUGAGCAACGUCGUUCAUUAUCUGGCAACCGCACUCUUUCAGAUAGAACAGGGGAUUGAGCGGCGUUUUCUCAAAGCUCCACUUGAUGCCAGUGACAGUGGGCGUUCUUAUAAAACAGUCCUGGAUCGCUGGAGAGAGUCUCUGCUUUCCUCUGCUAGCCUGUCCCAAGUCUUCCUGCACUUAUCCACCCUGGAUCGCAGUGUGGUAUGGUCUAAGUCUAUACUGAAUGCUCGUUGCAAGAUGUGCCGUAAGAAGGGGGAUGCUGAAAAUAUGGUACUCUGCUAUGGCUGCGAUAGGGGUCACCAUACCUAUUGUGUUCGACCAAAGCUCAAGACUGUGCCUGAGGGAAAUUGGUUUUGUCCUGAAUGUCGACCAAAGCAACGUUCUAGAAGACUCUCUUCUAGACAAAGACCAUCCUUGGAAAGUGAUGAAGAAAUGGAAGAGAGUCCGGAGGGUGAGGAGGAUGUCAUCGAUGAUGAUGACGAAGAGUAUCAAAGUGAGGAGGAAGAAUAUGAGAUAGAACAAGAUGAAGAUGACUCUCAAGAAGAGGAAGAACUCAGCCCACCAAAAAGGGGAAGACCACAAGUCAGAUUGCCAAUUAAGACAAGAAGGAGACUGAGCUCUUCUUUCUCACGUCAUAGCCAACGACAAGAUCUUAGAAGAUACCCUUCAAGGAGUCAGCAGAGUACACCCAAAACAGCUGUUUCUUCUAGAACUAUUGGUAGAAACCUAAGAAAGAUAAGAUCUGCUCCCACUGCAGAAACUAAAUCUUCAAGAUUUGUUGGUCGUUCUACUCGCCACAGUCAUGGUGCAGAGCAAGCCAAUAUAUUUGUGGAACUUCUUAGUCCUCACAGAAAACGCAGAGGCAGAAGAGGGGCCAGUAAUACACCAGAAAACAGUCCCAGCUUCCCUAACAUCAGAGUUAUCCCCAGAAAGUCAAGUGAAGAGUCAAGAUCUUUAAAUGUUGCUUCAAGAUUUUGUCUCCAGAGUAGUGAAUCCAAGAGAAGAGGCAGGAAAAGACAAUCUAUGGAGUCAUCUCCAGUGCCAUUGAAUCGAAGAAGCUCUGGCCGACAGGGAGGAGUUCAUGAAUUGUCUGCUUUUGAACAACUUGUUGUGGAAUUGGUCCGACAUGAUGACAGCUGGCCUUUUUUGAAACUAGUCUCUAAAAUCCAGAAUGAUGCUGCACUAAAGGGUGUAGACGUAGACUCGGUGGUCAUAGAACACAUCCACGUGGACAAAGCAUUCUUACGGAAUUCAGGGUCAGGUUAA